AUGUGGGAUGGAGGGGCCUGUGUGUUCUGGGAUGGAGGGACCUGUGGGAUGCGGGGCAGAGGGACCCGUGGGAUUGCUUAUGGAGGGACCUGUGGGACCUGUGGGGUUUGGGAUGGUCAGACCUGUGGGGUUUGGGAUGGAAGGACCCAUGGGAUUUGGGAUGGAGGGAUGCAUGGGAUGCAGGACAGAGGGGCUUUUGGGAUUGGGGAUGGAGGGACCUGUGGAAUUUGAGAUGGAGAUACUUGUGGGAUGCAGGUCAAAGAAACCUGUGUGAUUUGGGACAGAGGGACCUGCAGGAUGAAGGGGAGAGGGACCUGUGGGAUUUGGGACGGAGGGACCCCCGGGAUUUGGGAUGGAAGGACCAGUGGGAUUUGGGACAGAGGGACCUGUGGAAUUUGGGAUGGAGGGACUUGUGGGAUGCAGGACAAAGAAACCUGUGUGAUUUGGGACAGAGGGACCUGCAGGAUGCAGGGCAGAGGGACCUGUGGGAUUUAGGACAGAGGGACCCACGGGAUUUGGGAUGGAAGGACCGGUGGGAUUUGGGACAGAGGGACCCCCGGGAUUUGGGAUGGAAGGACCGGUGGGAUUUGGGACGGAGGCACCCGGAGCUGCCCCUGUGCGGGCGGGAAGGACAGUCUGCAGCAUUUAUUACAUUUACAAAGCUGUAUCCAUACAAAUGUGUAACCAAGAACAAAUACCUGGAUAUCGGGAUAUCUUACAGGACAUUAAAACGCCGUACAGGAUGCAAACACACAGAGCCAUCGGGUUUGUACCACAGAGGGAAAAACCAAAACCAAACCACCCCAUCCCCGAGCCCCACACAAACCCCAGCCCGAGGCAGCCGCCUCCCACAGUCCAGCCUGGCCUAUUUACAAGGAGAAAAGGGGUGUCAAAGUCGAGACAAACGGAGCCCCCCCCCCAAAACCUGGAGCCCCCCAGCCCGGGGGAUGGGGACAAGAGACAAAAGUGGCCCCGUGGGGACCCUUCCCGGGGCCUCCCCAGCUCCUGGGGCUGUGCUAUAGCCGAGUCCGUGCCGGGGGUGCAGCACUUCCCAAAAAACAGUAAUUCCAAAUCAAAAGCUGCAGUGACAAACAUCCCGUGUUUUCCCGACCCUCGGGAGUCGGGCUGUCCCUACAAUUCCCGCUUUCCUUUGGUUCUCACCGUGCCCUGGGGGCCGUCGGGGCGCUGCAGGCGCUGCAGGCACUUUGCUAAUUCUUUUGUGUCCUUCAUCCCCCUCCCCGGCAAGGACAGGAGAGGAACCCUUGGGAUCUGCAUUCCCCGGGGCUCGUGUGCUUUUUUUUUUUCUGUCCGUGUGGGAAGUUGGUCCCUCCCCUCGGAGCCGCUCCACUCCCGCCCUAAGCACGGCAGCACCUUCCCACACUCGCCCCUCACCGAAGCCUCCUGGCUAAAGGCACUGUCCCCGUUCUCCACGGCGCCUUUCUUCUCCUCUCUGGAAACACAGGACAAAGUUUAUGGAGGAAUGAAGGGGUGGAGAGGAAGAAGAACCCCCCAGAAGGGCUGUCAGUGGAGGAGACAUCCACCAGCCAGGCUGUGGCUUCACCCCCCUCCAACUACUUCCAUGCCCAUUUCCAAUCCAGGCCCCUGCAACCACUGACUCCCCCCAAAACAGGU